AUGGAAAGGAGGAAUAACCUGGUUAUUUUUGGAUGGAGCAAUACAGGAAAGGUAGGGAGGAAAGAGGUAGCGGAAUUCUUCCGGGAGGAACUGGGGAUGGAAAGCAAUGAAGAAUGUAUCGAGGAGGUUGGGCAGCCAGGUCCAGAUAAGAAAAUGAUAUGGGUUAAGAUGAGAAAGCCAGAGGACAAAAAGAAGAUCAUGGAAAGAAAAUCGAAGCUGAAAGGCAAGAAAAUUUUCAUCGAAAACGACAGAACGAAGAAGGAGAGGGAGGAACAGAAGGAACUGAAAAGAAGAGCCUGGAUAGCGAAGAACCAAGGAGCAAAAAACGUGAAAGUGGGGUUUGGAAGGAUGGGAAGAAGAGACCUGCUAGAGGAGGUGGAUAAGUGGUUAACUGAAGAAGAAGAAGAAGAAGAAGAAGAAAGUGAGCUGUUAAUAGGUGGGGACUGGAACGCGAGGAUAGGAAGAGAGGCCAGUGUGGAAGAAAUUAACAAUGGGGAAAAAAGGUGGUCGGAAGACACAGUAGUGAACAGAGAAGGAAGGUUGAUGUUGGACCUGAUUAAUAAAAGGGGUUGGAUUGUAUUAAAC